AUGAGAAGAAAGGGAGGGUCCUUAUGGGCGGCGACUAUUUUAGCCAACUCUGAUCAACGGUUAUCACUACCCGUCAUUACCCUGUGGACCGAUCAUCGCGCUAGUCUUCCUGAGUAUAUGGUCCCUACUGCUGAGCUCUUUGCUGAACUCGCCACCUACGGCCGCAAAACCUACACUUGGCACUCCUAUUCCGUCAAUGACGUGUGCUAUGGGCUGGGCCCUGCUUCUUUAAAUUGGGUGAUGAAAUUGCAGAGUGAUGACAAACACCGUCCGCUGCCGUGA